GGUGCGUGUGUGUGUUGUUGUUGUUGUUGUCUGGGUGUGUGUGUGGAGCGAGAGGGAUGUUGUUGUUGUUGUUCGUUCGGCCGCAACGUGCAGAGUUUAUAAACACGUAGGUCCGGUCUCUCUGUUUAUUUCAACGUGUGCUGACCGUAGUGCGUUCGUUAAUCGGGUACGUGGUGGAUGUGAUGUGUACAUUUACAUUACGCCCGUGUGUGUGUGUUUAACCUACGACUGGCAGUCUUGUUUACAAUCGGCAGCAACCGACUGACUGCUUCGUUUGGGGGGGGGGGGGGUCAUUGUUUAUUUCGCUAUAUUUCUUUUAUUUUCCCUCCCCCCCCCAAAAAAAAUAAAUAAAAACAAUGUUGUUUUGGGUUGUAAUUUUAGCGCUUUCCGAUUUGACUUAAAACAUGUUUUGAUUAGAUGUGUACAUUUUUUCGGGUUGGGAUUUACACACUCCCCCCCGCCCCCCAAAAGUAUAUCCCAUAUUUUGAUUUUAUUUUGAAGGUGAUAUUUUUUAUAGUAAGGGCAAUUUGGGGAUGGGUUAAAGAGGCCGAUUUAUUUACGUGAACACUUUGCAUGUAGCUUCUGCGAUUUUUAUUUAAUUAUAUUUCGUAACAGAGAGAUAUAAAUAAACAGCGAGGGUGUUUUCCCGUUCUUUUUGUGGAAAGCACAGCUUUAUGGCAAUUUACUUUAAUAACGAAGGCAUUCGCAACACAAAACAAACGUGUUUCGCAAAACCUUGAUGUCUUGUACGAGAAUAAGGUACAUGACAAUAGAACGAAAAUUAACACAACGAAAAUUUGGAAUUAAGUCAGGCUUUCAUUAAAAAAAUACGGCGAUGCUUUGAAAAAAACAGGCAAAAUAUAUUAAAACAAAAAUAUAAACGCAUUGAUUUGAUUUAUUUAGGUAAUUAAUUAUGCGUAUUGCAAUCGCACAUAGCAGAAUAUUUAAAAAUAAACAUUUUCUAGAAUUGUUUUUUAUUUAUUAUUAAUUUCGGGAUUUAAGGAUGCAAUGAGUAUAUAGCUCUGGGCUCAGCAAAGAACUCAAUAUUUAGGGCCAGACCUAUCUAUAUGCGACAACUUCGUAUAAUUAUUUUGGCUCAUGCGGAACGUCUUCCCAAAAAUCGUGAGGACAUUUCAUAAAAUUAACCCUUAUUCCAUGUCUCGAUAUCUGUAUAUAUAUUGUUUUACCCUUUUAACAAUUUUCCAUUUUUGUUUUGAACAUUUCCGUGUGUCCGUAAAGUGUACGGCAGUUUAUUAUAUAUCAAAAAACCACCCCAUCAUACCGCGUUCAUAUCCACCCCCCUAAAUUAAAUUUUCACCCCGAUUGAAAUUUUUCAAUUUUUUUGCACAUUUAAAAAUCGAGACACUAAAACAAAACCAAAAUGCGCGGUACGCUACUCCACGGGGUGAAGAUAGUGGCGGAGAGCGGCGGAGGGAGGGCCAGGAGCCGUCCGUCUCGUAAUCCACAUUAGCAAUUCAUUGGGCGACUGCCCCGUCCUCUGGUUCAUUCGCCAUUCACAGACGCCUCCUUCCUCCCUCCCUCCUCCUUCCAUCCUCGUUUCACGUGAAGCCACCACCCAGCUCAGCCCAAACCCAACCCCACCCCCACCUCAUCAAGCCAGACAACACAGACUCAGCUCACCAGCCACCCAGACAGACAGCGCUUCGAGCCCCCGACUCUCCGCCAAGACGCGGGCUACAACAACAACACCACCACCAACCGACCGACCAGCAACAACAACAACCACCACCACCACCGAGCAAUCGCACUGACCUCGAUCAAAACAAAAAGCGCUGGGGGCGAGUAAGGGUGGCUUGGUUUAGGUGGGUGGCUAGAUGGGUGGGUGGUGGCGGUAAGGAGUGUUUGGGUUGGUGGUGGUGGUUGUGCGUCGAGAAGGGUGGUGGUGGUGGAGGGGGAAGAGCAGGAGAGAGGAGGAGGGAAGUGUUGUGCUGUGUGUUUGGUGGUGGUGGUGGUGUGUGGUUUAGUCGUGGAGGCGACGACAACAACAACAACGGCUGGCCGAUAGGACACCCGCGUGUCGUGGAGGUGGUGGCGGCGGCGGCGGCGAUCGACGGACGAGGAGAGAGAGAGAGGGGACGAAGGAGAAGGGUGGUGGAGAUACGGGAGAAGAUACAAGAAAAAAGGCAAGAACUGCUUUGGUGAAGAGGGAUACGAGCGAUCGGAGGGAGACGGGAGAGAAGAGGAGGAGGCGGAGGAGGAGGAGGCGGCGGCAAGACGCGGCAUGGAGUCUCCGAUGUGUUCACGGCUACUGCUGCUGUGUUUGUGUUGCGUGGCCACGUCAAGUCUCGCCUCCGCCAAAAUCUGCCUGAGCACGGACGUGCGCAACGACAUCGCUUCCCUGGCGCAGCUGGAGAACUGCACGGUCAUCGACGGCUACCUCCAGAUCCUGCUCAUCUUCAACACCAAGGUGGAGGACUUCACCGGCCUCAGUUUCCCCAAGCUCACCAUGAUCACCGAGUACCUGGUGCUCUUCCGCGUCAAUGGCCUCGAGAGCCUCAAGAACCUGUUCCCGAACCUCACCGUCAUCCGCGGUACCCGCCUCUUCUACAACUACGCGCUCGUCAUCUACGAGAUGCUCGACAUGAAGGAAAUCGGCCUGCCGAGCUUACGGAACAUCACCCGUGGCGCAGUGCGCAUCGAGAAGAACGCCGACCUGUGCUACCUGAACACGGUGGACUGGUCGCUGGUGCUCGACUCGGAGCAGAACAACUACGUCGCGGGGAACAAGCCGGCCAAGGAGUGCGGUGACGUCUGCCCGGGGGACGCCGACGGAAACAGCCGAUGCGAAAAGACCCUGAAGAACGGCAACUUUGCCUGCCGCUGCUGGUCGAGCGAGCACUGUCAGCAAGUUUGCGACACCAAGUGCGGCCGGCGGGCCUGCAGCUCCGCGGGCGACUGCUGCCAUGACGAGUGCCUGGGUGGCUGCUCCGCACCCGACGACCCCCUGGCCUGCGUCGCCUGCCGCCACUACGUCCACGUGGACGGCGCCGCCGCCCGCUGCGUACCCGACUGCCCCGCGGGCACCUACCGCUUCAAGGGCUGGCGCUGCGUGACGGCCGCCUUCUGCCGCGUGCUGCACGAAGCCUGCGUCAGGGAGGUGGAGGAGAGCGAGGAGCAGCCGAUGAUGACGAUGGGCGGCGGAGGCGGGGCGGUGGGAGCCGGGACGAUGUCGGCCGGGCUCGGCCUGGGCGGCGGAGGAGGCGGAGGAUUGUCGGACAGGGAGUGCAUCAAUUGGGUCCUGCACGACGGGGAGUGCCGCCCCGAGUGCCCGUCCGGGUACACGAUGGAGAACGAGACGAGCAUGUCGUGCAAGAAGUGCGACGGGCUCUGCCCCAAGGUGUGCUACGUGGGCACCAAGGUCAUCGACUCGGUGACGGCCGCGCAGGAGCUGCACGGCUGCACCAUCAUCGAAGGGAACCUCGUCAUCAACAUCCGCGGCGGAAACAACAUCGCGACCGAGCUCGAGGCGAACCUGGGACUCAUCGAGGAGGUGACCGGCUCGGUGAAGAUCAAGCGGUCCUACGCGCUCGUUUCACUUUCCUUCUUCCGUAACCUCCACACCAUCCACGGGGACUCCCAGGAUCCCGGGAACCACUCCUUUUAUGUGCUCGACAACCAAAACCUCCAACAGCUGUGGGACUGGGACAAACACAACCUGACCAUCCGCAAGGGCAAGAUGUUCUUCCACUUCAACCCCAAGCUCUGCCUGUCCGAGAUCUACACCAUGGAGGAGAAGACCCAUACGAAGGGGCGGCAGGAGGAUUCGGACAUCUCGCUCAAAACCAACGGGGACCAGGCCUCGUGCGAGAGCACGGUCCUGACGUUCACGCAAAUCCAGAUGACCUUUGACAAGAUCCUGUUGCGCUGGCAGUCGUACCGCCUGCCGGACUACCGUGACCUGCUGGGCUUUGUCGUCUUCUACAAGGAGGCGCCCUACCAGAACGUGACGGAGUUCGACGGGCAGGACGCCUGCGGCUCCAACAGCUGGACGUCGGUCGACGUGGACCCUCCGCCUCUCAAGGGCAAUGGCGGCGGCAACUCGUGGGGCAGCUCGUCGCCGGGCAUCCUGCUGCGCGGGCUGCAGCCCUGGACGCAGUACGCCAUCUUCGUCAAGGCCUUCGUCCUCACCUCGUCGGACGAGGGCCGGGGAAACAACGGCGCCAAGAGCAAGAUCAUCUACCUGCGUACCAACGCCAGCACGCCCUCGACGCCGCAGGAUGUCUUCUCGGUGUCAAACUCCUCGUCGCAGCUGCUGGUGAAGUGGCGCCCGCCGGCGUUCCCCAACGGCAACGUGACCUCCUACGUGGUGCGCUGGCAGCAGCAGGCCGAGAACACAGAGCUCUACGAGUUCGACUACUGCCUGCCCGGCCUGAAGGUGCCGACUCGGGACCACGCGUCGGGGACGAUCGACGAGGGCGUGCGGCCCAACGGCACGGACGGCGCCGACGGCCGCGGCGGCGGCGGCGGCGGCGGCGGCGGCGACGAGUCGACGUGCGCGCGGCCCAAGCAGGAGGCGGAGCUGGAUCGGGAGAAGGAGCACGCGGCCUUCCAGAAGGCCUUCGAGAACUUCCUGCACAAUUGGAUCUUCGUGCCCAGGCCGUCGCGGCGCCGCAGGGACGUGUCCAGCGGCGGCGAGGGCACGGUCGCCGGCGACGCCAAAGUCACGAUCGCCCCGUCCAACAGCACGGCGGGCACGGCCCGCCCGCCGCUCGCCCCCACCGAGAGCCACGAGCCGAAGAGUUUCCCCGUCGGGCAGAAGAGCGUGCACGUGCACGACCGCACCGUCAUCUCGGGCCUGCAGCACUUCACGCUGUACCUCGUCAACGUGCAGACCUGCAACCACGAGGCGGAGCGCGUUGGCUGCAGCACGCCAAGCUACGUCUUCGCCAGGACCAUGCCCGAAGCCGGCGCGGACGACAUCGUGGGUCCCGUCACGUACAAGAUCGCCGAGGACGGCGGGGUGCAGCUGAUGUGGGCCGAACCCGAGAGGCCCAACGGACUCAUCCUGCUCUACGAAGUUCUCUACCGCCGUGACCAGGAGCCGGAAAACCCCAAGUGCGUCUCCCGGUCCCAGUACCAAAAGGUGGGCGGCUGCAAGAUGUUCCUGCCCAUCCCCGGGAAGUACACGGCCAAAGUCCGUGCAACGUCGCUGGCCGGCAACGGCUCGUGGACCGAGCCCAUCACCUUCACCAUCUCCGACCACAGUUACAACAGCAACGACGUGGUGGUGCCGGUGGUGGUGACGCUGACGAUUGUGGUGAUCGCAGGCAUCGUCCUCUUCGCCCUGGUGUUUGUGUUUCGGAAGAGGAACAAUGCCGAUGUUCCCCUCGGCAGACUCUACACGUCCGACAAUCCGGAGUAUGUCAGCGCCAACGAAAUGUACGUUCCGGACGAGUGGGAGGUCCUGCGGGACAAGAUCGUGCUGCUGCGGGAGCUGGGCCAGGGCUCGUUUGGGAUGGUCUACGAGGGGCUGGCACGCGGCAUCGUGCCCGACGAGGUGGAGACACGCGUCGCCGUCAAGACCGUCAACGACGGCGCCUCCAUGCGGGAGUGCAUCGAGUUCCUCAACGAGGCGUCCGUCAUGAAGUCCUUCAGCUGCCACCACGUGGUGCGGUUGCUCGGCGUGGUGUCGUUGGCGCAGCCCACUCUCGUUGUCAUGGAGCUCAUGACCAACGGUGACCUCAAGAGCUACCUCCGCUCGCUGCGACCGGACGCCGAGAAUAACCCAAAGCGCCCGGCGCCGACGCUGAAGGAGAUGGUGCAGAUGGCGGGAGAGAUCGCCGAUGGCAUGGCCUACCUCAACGCCAAGAAGUUCGUGCACCGCGACCUCGCUGCUCGCAACUGUAUGGUGGCCCACGACUUCACCGUCAAGAUCGGAGACUUUGGGAUGACGCGCGAUAUCUACGAGACGGAUUACUAUCGCAAGGGUGGCAAGGGUCUGCUGCCCGUGCGCUGGAUGUCGCCCGAGUCGCUGCGCGACGGCGUGUUCACGACCUACUCCGAUGUCUGGUCGUUCGGGGUCGUGCUCUGGGAGAUCGCCACGCUGGCCGAGCAGCCCUACCAGGGCAUGUCCAACGAGCAGGUGCUCAAGUUUGUGAUGGACGGCGGCCUGCUGGAGAGGCCCGACAAUUGUCUCGACAAGCUGUACGAGCUGAUGCGGCUGUGCUGGCAGUACAACCCGCGCAUGCGUCCCACCUUCCUGGAGAUCAUCGGCUCGAUGAAGGACGACCUCCGGCCCUCCUUCCACGACCUCUCCUUCUACUACAGCGACGAGAAUCGCGUGGGCUGCGGCCCGAGCGCGGAGCCCGACGAGUGGCCGUGCUCCGACGGCGACCCCGAGAGCGUGCCGCUCACGCCGGCCGUCUCCUUCCACUCGGUGCGCGAGUUUGCGCGCGACAACGGCGGCGGCGGCGACGGCGGGGCGCCGCCCAACAGGUGCAGGCCGGCGCAGGCCGAGCCGCCGAGGGGCGACCCCGGCCGGGCCUCCGCCACCGGCGGGGGGCCCUCGGCGUCGUCGCCCGGCGACGCUCGCGAGGAGCGGCCGCUGGUUUUCUGCGCCGCCGCCGACGACGCCGACGACGACGACGAAGGUGUAGAGAGAGACCGGCACCUGCCGCAGUCGUCGUGCUGAACGGUGGACACGUGCGAGGGCGUGAGGGGGCUACGGACGCCGCCGCCCGCGAACACAAUACGAAAAAAAAAACAUUAAAGGACGUUGACGGGGCCGCCACGAACCGCCGCACCACCGCCACCACCAAGGCGAAGCAAAAAUGAGACAGUUGAAUAUUAAUAAUAAUAAUAACGGAGGCACUUUAAUCAUGCAAAACUACGACACACGCCGAAGCUGAAUGUUGGUGGGCGUUGGCUGUGAAGGCAGUUUAAAAAUAAAAAGGAACUCGCGCAAUGCAAAACACUACAGGAGGGGGAGGUGGUGGUGCUGCGUGCCGCGCUCGGUUGUUGAGCCAGUGGGGAGGGCCUCGGCGGGAGCGUUGGGCAGCCUCAGACGGACUACAAAUAAAUUAACGACUGCGUGCAAGAAUUACUUUUUUUUUCCCUUCCCGGUGAAGCCGUUUACAACACUAUUACAGUGAAACUUUGCAAGCUAAAAAAAAAGGUUGCUUGGACAGAAAAAUAUUUCCAUGAUUACGACCCAACUUUUUGGUGGUGGGGUGGGGAGAGGGG